AUGGCGCGCCGCAUCGCCAGGCUGCUCCGCGCCAUCGUGCGCAACGACGCCAUGCGCGACGACCCGGAGCCCAUCUACAACGGCCGCGUCCUCGCCCUCGUCUGCGCCGCCUGCUUCGGCGGCAUGCUCUUCGGCUGGGACACGGGCGCCAUCGGCGGCAUCCUGCACAUGCCCGAGACCCAGGCGCGCUUCGGCUUCCUCAACGCCUCCGCCAAGCACAAGGCCGACCAGGAGCAGAACAUCGUCUCCACCCUCCAGGCCGGCUGCUUCCUCGCCUGCCUGAUCACCGGCUGGGCCGCCGACCGCUUCGGCCGCCGCCGCGCGCUGGUCGUCGCCGGCGCGCUAACGGUCGUCGGUGUGGUCUUCCAGGCCGCGUCGGCGGCGCGGGGGACGCUCGCGGUCAUGUACGUUGGUCGCUUCGUCGCCGGCCUCGGGUGCGGCGCCGCCUCGGCCCUCACCCCGAUCUACGUCUCCGAGUGCGCCCCGCGCGCGAUUCGUGGAGGCUUGACGGCGUUCUAUCAGCUCUUCAACGUUUUCGGCAUCAUGGUUGCGUUUUGGGUCAACUAUGGCUGUCUUCUCCAUGUCCCCGCCCCCGCAAAGUUCAUCGUCCCGCUCUCCCUCCAGGCGUUGCCCGCCGUGCUCCUCAUCUUCGGCAUGCUCCUCUCGCCCGAGUCGCCGCGCUGGCUCGCCAAGGAGGACAACUGGGAGACGGCCACCGCGACGCUCUCGCGCCUGCGCGACCUCCCGCCAACCGACCCCUACGUGCAGGCCGAGAUCCAGGAGAUGGCCGACCAGCUCGAGGUCGAACGGCGCCUGACCGGCGGCAGCUCGCCGAAGGCCCUCUUCCGCGAAAUGUUCUUCAUCCCUGGCAACCGGAAACGGGCGCUCAUCUCCAUCGUUCUAAUGAUCUGCCAACAACUCACUGGGAACUAUUACGCCCCUCAACUCUUCGCCAACCUGGGCAUGGAUGCCACCGACUCGUCGCUCUUCGCCACCGGCAUCUACGGCGUCGUCAAGGUCGUCAGCUGCACCAUCUUCCUCCUCUUCAUCGCGGACUCGAUCGGCCGCCGGCGCAGCCUCAUCGCCACCGCCGGCUCGCAGGGCGUCGUUCUCUUCAUCAUCGGCAUCUACGGCCGCGUGCAGCCGCCGGUCAAGGGGGAGCCCGUCACGGCGUUCGGCUACGUCGCCAUCACCUGCAUCUACCUCUGGGCCGCGUCCUUCCAGUUCGGCUGGGGCCCGGCCUGCUGGAUCCUGGUCAGCGAGAUCCCGACCGCGCGCCUACGCGCCCUCAACGUCUCCGUCGCCGCCGCCACCCAGUGGCUCUUCAACUUCGUCGCCGCCCGCACCGUCCUCACCAUGCAGAGCACCAUGGGCCGCGCCGGCUACGGCAUGUACUUUAUGUUCGGCAGCUUCUGCUUCCUCAUGGGCCUCUUCGUGUACCUGUGCGUGCCAGAGACGAAAGGGCUGUCGCUGGAGAAGAUGGACGAGCUGUUUGGCGUCACGGACGCGCUGCAGGGAAAGCUGGACGCGGCCGACUCGGAGGCGGGCGGCUACCACCCGCCGACCAUCAACACGGUCCGCGAGGUGCACGCUGUAGAGAAGGAUGGCGAUCGAAAAUCACAGACCGCUGCUGUAUGA